AAAUGUUAACCCGCUGGUUAACGUUCAUCGCUCUACUGGCUGCCUCAGCAUACGCCGGUGUAGCAGCUGUUGGCCAUUAUGCCCUGACGGUGUUGCCCACCAGCAGGGUCGAAGGACAACCAGAGGUGCAAGUGACUGUCAAGUGUGGAGAUGGAAAGAUGGCGGCAGGUGUGGUGGCCUACUGGCACACCCCCUUUGGACACCUCCAAACACCUGGCUUCCACGCCAGACUGGACCCGGUUUACAUGCACCAUGAUGGCAGCCUUGUGGUCACCAAGCUGAGCAGCCUCCACGAGGGCUUGUAUUACUGCCUCUUGCGGCACGACGGGGGGUCCACAUUGUUCCCCUAUCAGCUUUGCAAACGGCCAGAAGACGUUGGACAAGAACAUUUCAGGUUCAGGAGGGAGCUUGGUCCUGUUGCAGAGGAGCAGGAAAAUGUUUCUGACCGGCUUUUGGCAGGAGCUGUGGCGGCCUCAGUGCUACUCACGUUUGUGUUUGGCUUCAGUGCCGGAGCUCUGAGUAGGAGAAGUGUUCUCAGGUGUUGGACGGGGCUCACUAAGAUCUUACCUGCCUCGUCUCCACGGCAACAGCAUGACCUGUCAGAUGCUGACAUCACCAUGGCGACGCUCUCAUCCAUGUACAACAAGAGGGAGCAGGUGACGGACGACGAGACCACAAGCAGCUUGGGUUCGAACCCGCCUGCCAAACCUCAGAGAAGCUUCCGGGAAAGACAAGAGGCCCAGGCCUACUGGGAAGCAUGUGACCGCGUGGAGGGAAGGAGCAUAGAAGAGGCGAGAGGAAGGCUGGAGGAAUGUGAUGGAAAGGUCAGAGAAGUCAAACCAUCAGGACAAGACAAGGAUGAGGAGGGAAUGAGUAGGAAAGAAGAGGAAGACGGGGAGGCGGGAGGUUUUGAUGGGAGGAUAGCGGAAGACGACACAGGAGAAGAAAAUGAUGAUGGUGAAAAUGAGAGGAAAGAGGAUGAUGAAAAAGAGGAUGAGGAAGAUGAAAAAGAGAAUGAAGUAAAUGAGAAAAAGAAAAAUGAGAAAGUCAAAACAGAGAAUGAGGUAGAUGAACAAGAGAAUGAGGAAGAUGAGAAAGAGAAGAACGAGAUAGAUGAGAAAGAGAAAAUUGAGGUCAAUGAGAAAAAGAAGAUUGAGGUAAAUGUAAAAAAGAAUAAGGAAGAUGAGAAAGGAGAGGAGAGUAAUGAUGAAGAUGAAGGGGCAGAUGUGAGCAGUAAAAGUUUGUCUUCACAAACAGAUGGAGGCGAAGAUAAUAAAGAGGAACUUUGUUCCUCUCAAGUCUCGCCGUCUCGUUCCAGUCGCGUCAUCCGUCUCUAUCAGUACGACGAAGAUGGCCGCCGAUACGGCCACCUUCCUGACCCAGGCCCCGAGGAGCCGGGCCCCGCCCCAAAACUCAAACAGCGCUCCGCAUCUCUGACACGCCUCAACGCCAUCAUGGCCGCCGCCUCAGCUGGACCACUAGACACGACCCCAAGGGGGCAGGGGGGGUCAGCGAGGACGGAGACGACACACUUUGGAAUGGACAUUUAAACUGCCCAAGCAUCUCAUCAUCAUCAGGUUCACUUAUUUGCAGAUGAGUGGUAAACAAACCAAAACUUUCUUUUUAAGCUUUUGUGCAGGAAAACACUUGGUGUGAAAGACCCUUAUAAUAAUUGUAAUUUUACGUAAAUAAAGG